CAGAAGCAGUACUCGAAAAUCGCAGGAUGGCCGAUAAAGUGGAACUGGCCCAGGCCAGCCUGAAUGGCCAACAGAAUGAUCCGCGGAAGGUGCGCAAGUCACCGGAAUUUCAGGCCGGCGUUAUCUCUCGCGAACGCAGCUUUGUGCGCACCUCGAAUCAACAGAAUAUCAACAAACGCCGAAGUCUGGCUUUCAACGUACCUGGCAAUCAGACGGGACAGAUGAGAGGCAAACCAGCCAUGGAUAUCUACAGACCUCCCAAUGUGCGCGGAGAGCUGGCCGCUCCAGCCGGUGGUGAUGGUUCGAAUGGUGCUAUCGGUGGUGUCGCCAACAAGCUGAACGUCAAUGCCCAGGAGUUCACAAUGACAACCAGCUCCGGGGCACCGGCCGAGGCACUCAGCAAUCGUUCGUCUCUGAUCUUCCCGCCCACCAACGGAACCGGAGUCGCAGUUUCACCGGUUGUGGGUCAGUACGGAAGCGUGAAUCGCCGCCAGGCCGGACUCUCCCUCGGCAACAUGCCGGGCUUGAAGGCCAACCACCGCUCGAUCUUGGUGACGUACCCAAUCAAUAACAGUGCCCUCAGCGGGCAGCUGCCGCUCAUGAACUCGCCCUCCAGUGGAAAUAUACUUCACACAACAAAUCGUGUAAAGUUUGCACCUGAGCCCCGAGGUCACAAAGUGGCUUCCCAUAAUCAGUUUGGUCAGCAACACAACAACUAUGCUCAGCCUUACCAGACGAACAUCAAUGGAGUAGAUCCGUACAUGAAUGGCAAUGCACUGCAACGCUCCAAAUCGUUGUCGUCGGCGGAUGCCCUAACUCGGGGAAUGGCCGGUUUGGGACUUGGUUUGGGCAACGAGGUGGCCGACAUAGGACAGUUCACCCCAGAGAUCCAGGCGCUUAUUGACACGGCCCUGGAAGAUCCCAAUAAGCUGAACUCUCGCUGUCUCAUGGAACUGACAUCGCAGUUCAUCAAACGUGCGGUGGAGAGUCGCCGCUUUGCCCUGCCAAUAUCACGGCUGUGUCUGAACAUCAUCGCCCGGGAGCAGAAGGAAACGUUCCUCGAGGCGCUUCUCAACACGUGCCGUCAGUGGUACCAGGAGCGUGAAAAGCUCUUGUUUGCCAUCCAGGGCAUGAAGUCUCCAUCACGUGUCCGAUUCACCGCCUUUAUGGCAUUCCUCACGGAGAUGUUUUGUCAACUAAAACGUCGGCAGCUCCAGCUGCGCACCCAGCACGAGGGCACUCCUCCACCAUUGGUGCUGCUUAGUCUGCUGUCCAAAUGUUGCGAGGAUUGCGUGCGUCCACCCAUUAGAUCACUCUCAGAGAUUGAGUGCCUGUUCUAUGUACUAACCUGUAUUGGCCAGGACAUGGAGCAGCAGCUGCCCCAGCAACUGGAGUUGCUCAUGGGUCUGGUUCGCGAUGCCUUUUUGAAUGCCGGCGAAUCUGCGGCUUCCAUUCGGCGCACUCUUCUCCAACUCAUCGAGCUGAAGGCCUCCCACUGGCAGCUACCAGGCAAUACGGUUCUCUACUACACGCACACUAACAAUUAGGUCUUGAUUAUGAGAAAAUAAUUGGAACCAGAUCUGGACCUGGUAACAUGGCGGGGAUACGGGCACUUUGCAAUCAUCAGGACACCAUCAGCUAUAGAUUCUGUUGUCGCAUUGCAUUUAGGGCCUGGAAAACUUCUGUUCUAUUUAUCUUAUUGUAUUCUUACCUAGACAUAAGCAAUAUUUAUUUCGGCACCAGCUAUAGAGAGAAACUAACCCGAGACUUGCACACUACACACCAAGCUCAGUACCAAAUAAGAACGAACGCUUGGAUUCGGUAUCUUCGGACUCUGCUAUAAUCUAAGGCUCAACAUUUAUGUGAAUCCAUAUAUUUAUGUGUAAUAAAUCACAGCUAGUCAAACGAG